AUUUUCUCUAUCCACAAAAAAAACCUUUCUCACUUCACUCUCUCUCUCUCUCUCUCUCUCUCUCUCUCUCUACUAAUUCCGAAUUGCAUGAGAAGAAAGGUAAGUGCUUUUACCAUUAGUACCGUCAUUUUCCUCUCGAAGUUUUCAAUUUCAAUUGAUUUCUUGAAUCCCCACAAUUCGAAAACACAUGAAGUUGUUUUGGGUUCUUCCAAUUUUUCUUGUUUAUACAUGAGAUUGUAGAGGUGUGUUUUCUUGUGCGUGUGUGUGCGUGCGUGUUAAAGCAGCUUUUUUUAUUUUGAUGGGUUCAAUGGUAGUUCUUGUUGGGAGCAUGCCGUCUUUGGCUUCCUUGAUUAGCUUAGGAAGUUUAAGUGUGGCAGCAGCGACUUCUAGUUCUUCAGACUCAUAUUAUUCAUCCUCAUAUUCACUUGUUCGAAGAGUUUCUUUAUCGAAAAGGGGUCUUAAGAGUGCCAAAAGAUGGCAUUGCGUUUGUAAAUGCUCUGUUACUACCACAGAUUUUAUUGCUGAUCAAGGCAAUGCUGUAUCCAUUGAUUCUAAUAAUUCAUUUAGAGCAAGCAGUAAUGGUGGAGAUGCUGACAGUGAAAUCUUGCUUAAGCCUGCUCCUAGGCCUGUCUUAAAACCUUCAUUAGGGUCUAAAGGUGAUUCCCUUUUAGGUAUGAGCUCUACUCAGUUGAAUUCUGGAGAUUCUGAUAAUGAUGAUGAACAAGAGAGGAAUAAAGUAAUUGAGUCGCUUGGUGAGGUGUUGGAGAAGGCUGAAAAGCUUGAAACUUCUAAACCAAGUGGACCGGGUAAUCCUAGCAGUAGUGGGAAAGACAAUGGAAAUGUAAAUAAAAUAACACCACCUAACAUUGGUACUAAUUCACGAAUUGCUAAAUCUGAGAGUUCAGGAGCCACUCGUAAAACUAAAACUUUGAAGAGCGUGUGGCGAAAAGGGGAUACUGUGUCCUCCGUGCAAAAGGUUGUAAAGGAAGCUCCUAAAGUUAUUAAUAAGCUUGUGAAAGAAGAUACUAUAACAGGGGAAGGUACAAAGCUAGAAUCUCAAUCUAGUUUUCCUUUAAGACCUGUGCAGCCACCCUUGAGACCUCAACCAAAGUUACAGGCAAAGCCAUCUGUAGCUCCUCCUCCUGUGAUGAAAAAGCCUGUUAUCUUGAAGGAUGUGGGAGCAGCCCCAAGACCACCAGUUAGUGGUGAAGCUGAUUCGAAAAAUAAUGGACGGCAGCCUAUUUUAGUUGAUAAAUUUGCCCGCAAAAAACCAGUUGUAGAUCCUCUAAUUGCUCAGGCAGUUUUAGCCCCCACAAAACCUGGAAAGGGCCCAGCCCCUGGAAAAUUCAAGGACCGAAAGAAGAGUAUUUCACCUGGAGGACCAAGGAGACGACUUGUUAAUAAUGAUGAACUUGAGAUUCCUGAUGAGGAGACAUCAGAACUGAAUGUCUCUAUUCCAGGUACAGCUAGGAAAGGGAGGAAGUGGAGUAAAGCUAGCCGGAAGGCUGCCAGACUCCAGGCUGCCAAAGAUGCAGCUCCUGUCAAAGUAGAAAUUUUAGAGGUUGGGGAAAAUGGUAUGUUAAUUGAGGAGUUAGCCUACAACUUAACCAUCAGUGAAGGUGAAAUUCUUGGGUAUUUGUACUCAAAGGGGAUUAAACCUGAUGGAGUGCAGACUUUGGAUAAGGACAUGGUAAAGAUGAUAUGCAAGGAACAUGAUGUGGAAGUUAUAGAUGCUGAUCCAGUUGGAUUUGAAGAAAUGGCAAGGAAAAGAGAAAUUCUUGAUGAAGAUGAUCUUGACAAACUAGAGGACAGGCCUCCAGUUCUAACUAUAAUGGGGCAUGUGGAUCAUGGCAAGACAACUCUACUGGAUUACAUUCGUAAAAGCAAGGUGACUGCCUCAGAAGCUGGUGGAAUUACACAAGGAAUUGGAGCAUAUAAAGUCCUCACACCUGUGGAUGGAAAAAUGCAACCUUGUGUUUUUCUUGAUACUCCUGGACAUGAGGCAUUUGGUGCAAUGAGAGCUCGUGGGGCAAGGGUGACAGAUAUUGCUAUUAUUGUGGUGGCAGCUGAUGAUGGGAUCCGUCCUCAAACAAAUGAGGCCAUAGCUCAUGCAAAAGCAGCUGGAGUUCCAAUUGUUGUUGCUAUAAACAAGAUAGAUAAAGAUGGGGCUAAUCCAGAAAGAGUCAUGCAAGAUCUUUCUUCAAUUGGUCUUAUGCCUGAAGACUGGGGCGGUGACAUCCCAAUGGUUCAGAUUAGUGCUCUCAAGGGGGAUAACAUAGAUGAUUUGCUAGAAACUGUUAUGCUUGUUGCUGAGUUACAAGAGUUGAAGGCUAAUCCGCAUAGAAAUGCAAAGGGUACAGUUAUUGAGGCAGGUCUUGAUAAAUCCAAAGGUCCAAUAGCUACAUUUAUUAUACAGAAUGGCACACUUAAAAGAGGGGAUGUUGUGGUUUGCGGAGAAGCCUUUGGAAAGGUUCGGGCUUUAUUUGAUGAUGGUGGAAAACGAGUGGAUGAAGCUGGACCAUCUAUUCCUGUACAGGUUAUUGGAUUGAGUAACGUACCAAAAGCUGGCGAUGAAUUUGAGGCUGUUGCCUCUCUUGAUAUUGCACGUGAAAAGGCGGAAGCAUGUGCUGAAUUAUUGCGAAAUGAGCGAAUAACAGCCAAGGCUGGAGAUGGCAAGAUUACACUAUCUUCCUUAGCAUCAGCUGUUUCAUCAGGAAGGCUGUCUGGAAUAGACUUGCACCAACUGAAUAUUAUAUUAAAAGUUGAUGUUCAGGGAUCUGUUGAAGCUGUCCGACAAGCCUUACAGGUGCUCCCUCAAGAUAAUGUCACCUUGAAGUUCCUCUUACAAGCAACAGGGGAUGUAAGCUCAAGUGAUGUUGAUCUUGCCAUUGCCAGUGAAGCUAUUAUUUUAGGAUUUAAUGUCAAAGCACCGGGUUCUGUCAAGAGCAAUGCAGAAAACAAAGGUGUUGAGAUUCGGCUAUAUAGAGUUAUAUAUGAUCUUAUUGAUGAUGUACGAAAUGCAAUGGAAGGACUUCUAGAGCCUGUUGAGGAACAAGAAACAAUUGGGUCAGCAGUAGUUCGGGCUGUAUUUAGCAGUGGAAGCGGCCGUGUUGCUGGAUGCAUGGUAACAGAUGGGAAAGUAGUGAAAGGCUGUGGUGUUAAGGUUAUUCGAAAGCGAAAGACAAUCCAUGUUGGCGUUCUCGAUUCCUUGAGACGAGUAAAGGAACUUGUAAAAGAGGUAAGUGCUGGGCUAGAGUGUGGUAUUGCAAUGGAAGAUUAUGAUGAUUGGGAGGAAGGAGAUACUAUUGAAGCCUUCAACACAGUCGAGAAGAAGCGGACCCUUGAAGAGGCAUCGGCUUCGAUGGCAGCUGCACUGGAACAUGCAGGUAUUAAUGUGUAGAACUUGAGGUUUCAGAAUUAGCAACUUCACGACAUCUCCAGAUGGAAUCAAAGCAUUAUAGCUAAAAAUGGCGGAUAACGCAAUCGAAUCAGUGCUCCAACAUUAUUUAGCGGGAGAAAUGUAUAAAUGGAUUGCUGUAGGCAUGCAAUUUAUUUCAAGUUGCCAGGCACUGGAGGAUCUGAGCUUGUAGUAAUUUUGUCCCUUGUUGUAUUUGCUAUUCUGUUUUGUAUAUAUCAAUCACAUCUUAGCUUCCUUAUGUAAAAAAAGGAACAAUCAGGACAGUUCCUUGAAAGGUUACAUGCCUCAAACACUUUAUAAUGUCAUUCUUAGAAGGCAAAAAAAAAUUUAUUUAAUGAUGCACCGAAUUGAUUGCAUCUUCUCUUCCA